GUUAACCCCUGAUUAAAGCAAACCCAAAAGUUUAUGAAUCCAAGAAUGCUGACGAUAAGCAAUUAGUAAAAGAAUGGUAGAAAAGUCAGCUGGUUAAAUCGAAUGCCGCUGCGGACCUCAUGCUCAUCUAACCCAAUUCUGGAUAAAGCUUGCCAAAUACUAUGCAGCUUUUCGUCUAGGCCUAUUGUUUGCAGGUUUUGCACAUCAGAUUGUAAUUUGUGGUGCAUGAUCUAUGUUCAAUGAUGGAGAACAAUUUGCAUUCAAGGAGAUGCAGGAGUUUUCUACAGCGGAUGGGUUCGUGGAUGUAAGUGAGUGCUUGGCCGAGAUGAUAAAAUAUGUUGCAAAUGAACCCUCUGUGGGACUUUUCUACAUUCAGCAACAUACACGGAAUGCAGCACCAAACCUUAGUAAUCUCAAGAACAAUGUCACUGAGAGAUCUCGUGAGAUGACGUUGCAUGCAGAAGAUUCAGAAGAUUCUAUUUCCAUUAUAAGGUCAAUGAGAGAAUGCGGCUGUCCCAUUGCUGAUGAGAUGAUUAAAGACAUUAAAAAUUCUCUAGCUAUCAUGUCAGCCAAACAUCCAAAAAGAGGAUUAAUAAAUAGCUCAGAUUCAGCUUUUCGGUUGGGGAGAACAAGAUCUUGGGGACCAGUUGCCUGGGGUCGGAAAUCAAGUUCACCACAGCAAGAUGGUGAUAAAGGUGCUAGUUAUCUGUCAAAUGUCUUAAAGUCUGCAAAGCUCAAGGCUAGCAAUUUGAAAUGGCCUCAGGUUGAAUCCUCCGAAGAAUCAAGAGAAAUCAAAGAUGAGAAAUCAAUUUCAUAUCUUGAUCCCUCGUUGUCAGAUAGAGGUGCUAGUAUCUCUUCUGGUAUGCCUGAGGCUGAGGCAGUUGAAUUGCCAUUGUCAAGUGAGAUAGCUGAGGAGCCACAAGAAGUGCCAGUUGACAGAAGCGUGUGUGACGAUGAUCUGAUUUCCUUGGCUGUGAAAUAUGAAGAAUUCAAGGCUGAUAGAGAAGCUAAGCUGGAGGAAUGGCUAGGAGAGAUGAAGAAUUAUACAAGUAAUUAAGAACAAACACGUGCAGUGCAGACAACCUAUAAAUGCCUGCCUUGCUUUUGGGGCGUCUUUGCUACAUUGAAGGGGUUGAAAGGAUACUUUAGAAUGUAAGAUUGUUUUGACUUGUUUUGACGUUCUUUCAAAUUCUGCUGUAGCGUAUUUGUUUCUCGCACACUUUCUCAUUGUAUCAAAAGGCUUGUGGACAUACAUAAAGAGAAAAGGUAGCAUAGUUUAAACAAGAGAUAGGAGUUGAGAGGGUCAGAUUUUCUCCUGUGUUUUACGCAUACUGGAAAUAAAAGAACUAUGAGUUUCUUGCA